UGUCCCUCCUGCAGUGACCCAAUGGGAGCAGGCAACGCCAGCAUGUUGAGUGAAUUCUUCCUCGUGGGCCUCACCAAUGAUCCUCAGCUUCAACCCAUCCUCUUUGCACUCUUCCUUUUCGUCUACGCAGUUACGGUGGUGGGAAACCUGGGCCUCCUUACCCUCAUUGUGGUCAGCCCCCGACUGCAUACACCUAUGUAUUUCUUCCUCAGCAACCUGUCUUUUCUCGACUUCUGUUAUUCCUCAGUCACAGUCCCAAAGAUGUUGAUGGGGUUCUUCUCUGGCUACCAAGCCAUCUCUUUCUCCGGUUGUGUGGCUCAAACAAGCUGCUUUUUGAUAUUUGCUGUCACUGAGUUCUUCCUCCUGGCUUCCAUGGCCUAUGACCGCUAUGUGGCCAUCUGCAACCCUCUGCUCUACCAUAUUAUCAUGUCCCCAAGGCUCUGCUUGCAGCUAGUGGCUGCCAGUUAUGCAGUGGGCCUAAUGAACAUGGUGCUCCUCACUAGCACAACCUUUCGUCUGACCUUCUGUCACUCCCAUGCCAUCACUCACUACUUCUGUGAUAUCCCCCCUCUUUUAAAACUCGCCUGCUCUGACACACAGAUCCUCCAGCUUCUCCUCUUUGCCUGUGGUGGCUUUAAUGUGUCUGUAUCCCUGACAAUUGUCCUGGUCUCUUACGUAUGUGUAUUCUUUGCUAUCAUCAGAAUCCCCUCAGCCCAGGGAAAACACAAGACGUUCUCCACUUGUGCUUCCCACCUGACUGCUGUCAGCCUGUACUAUGGAACCACAGUGUUCAUGUACCUACGCCCAUCCUCUGAGUACUUACUGGGUAGGGACAGGCUGGUCUCUGUAUUCUACACAGUGGUGAUCCCCAUGCUCAACCCCAUGAUCUACAGUCUAAGGAACAAAGAUGUAAAGGAAACAUUUUGGAGUGUUCUUGAGAAGGCAUCGCGAUUCCUCUCUCUCCCCAUGCCCAGAGUUUUGUAA